CUCCUCCUCGCCCGCCGAGCGCCUCCCUCCGCCACUAGCGACGGGGCCCACCACCCCGGGGCGGGGGCGGAGUGUGGGGGCCGGCGGAGUUUGUUCCGGACGUGGGACCCGCCCCGCAGCGGCUCCCGUUGGCCAAAUAGGGAAGCGGAGCGGCCGGGAAUCGCCGCGCUUCGCUUCUCGGAGCGCCGAUUCGUAUCGUGCAGGGAGGAGGGCCCACCCCGGAUCUCAGCCAUCUUUCGAGGGGCGGCAGGGACGGUAGCCGGCGAUGGCAGAGGAAGGGCUGGGGGGCUUCUGAGUUCACCGAACCGAUUCCUCCCCGCCGGUCCCGCUCCCGACCAUGAUGAAUCCCAAGGAAGGCGCGGCGCCGCUGGAGAAAUACAAGCUGGUGGUGGUCGGCGGAGGCGGCGUGGGCAAGAGCGCCCUCACCAUCCAAUUCAUCCAGUCAUAUUUUGUCUCGGACUACGACCCCACAAUUGAGGACUCGUACACAAAAAUCUGCAACAUCGAUGGCACCUCCACACGGCUGGAUAUUCUGGACACAGCUGGCCAGGAGGAGUUUGGGGCCAUGCGAGAGCAGUAUAUGCGUACUGGGGAAGGUUUCCUCCUUGUCUAUGCCAUCAAUGAUCGUGGCAGUUUCAAUGAGAUCCACAAGUUUCACACUCAGAUACUUCGAGUGAAAGACCGUGAUGACUUUCCCAUGAUCCUUGUGGGAAAUAAGGCUGACCUUGACAUUUAUCGGCAGGUACCCAAGGAGGAGGCCCUCAGCUUUGCCCGGGAGAAUCGGAUCCCGUACAUGGAAGCCUCUGCCAAAAUCCGCCUCAAUGUGGAUGAAUCUUUCUAUGAGCUGGUCAGGGCCAUCAGGAGGUUUCAUGAGCUGGAAUCCCCCCCUGCCCCUGCUGUCAGCCCUAAGAAGAAAGAAAGCAAAGGCUGUCCUUGUUCCCUGCUGUAAACUGCCUUCCCACACCAAGCUACGAAGCCCGGAAAGGGAAAAACAGCUGAUCAGGUUCCCUCCUAAGGAGUGGAAGUGGCAGGAUUUCUCCCUUAUCUCCACGUCCCCACUCCUCUCACCUCCCCUCACCUAUGCAACAAGGGCUGGCAAUGUGUAUUCUGCAGUUGUGUCCAAAUACUACAAUAUGUCUAGCGCAGAGAGUUCCUGCAAACUGGAAUAAGUCAGGAAGCAGAUAAAUCAUGUACCCACCUAAUAGGCAGGAAAUAGGUUUAUAUACAUGAUGACUGGGACAGGGUGCGAGAGGCAUGUGCAGUACCUUCCUAUCCUGUUCCGCCACCUUUCUCUGUUAAGUCUUCAGAGAAAACUGGCAAGAAGGGGAAUCUCCUACACCGGGGGUAGGAGCAGAGGCGGACUUGGGGCUUUCAGAGAUGCCAAAAUUUGGUGUCGUGCCCCCUGCCCCCAAAUCCCAGUGCAGGUGAACCGGUCACACUUCUCUAAAUCUGCCUGUGGUAGAAGGCAAAGCAAUAUGAGAGAGGUGCGUUCAUGGGUUUAAAUCCGGAAAGAAUAGGAUAGUCUGGUUUUAGGAUGGGUGAGAGAGUGGGCAGGAAAAUGAGGGGCUCAGACUCUUCAAUGCAGCCAGA